AUGCCCCUCGACACGUCUACAUACUCGCUCGCCCUCCUACGCGUCGAUGGCCGUCGCUGGAACGAACUCCGUCGGCUACACGCCCAGAUACGCACACAGGACGCCGCAGACGGGUCGUCAUAUUUCGAAAUGGGCCACACAAAAGUCAUGUGCGUCGUGACAGGGCCCUCGGAGCAGCAGCAGCCGCAGCCGCAGCCGCAGCGGCGAGGCGGACACGCGGCCGGCCGCGACACCGCUUCCAUCAAUGUCAACCUUGUCAUUGCUGGCUUUUCAAGCGUCGACCGCAAGAAGCGCGGCCGAAACGACAACCAUCUCUUCCCGCACUCUUCCAUAACGGUCUCGCUGCACGUCCUGUCACAGGAUGGCUCGCUCCUUGCCGCCCUCAUCAACGCCGCCACUCUCGCUGUUAUUGAUGCUGGCAUCCCCAUGACGGAUUACAUCGCCGCCUGCACCGCUGGAUCGACGUCUUCCUACGCCGCCGGCGACGAUUCGGCUGAUCCUCUACUUGACCUAAACAACCAAGAGGAACAGGAGCUCCCGUUUCUUACCGUGGCCACGCUCGGCUCCAGCGAUCGUGUUGUGGCGCUUGUCUGCGAAAGCCGAGUCCAGGUCAGCCGGCUAGAGGGCAUGCUUGUCGUCGGCCUAGAUGGCUGCAAGCAGGUCAAGAUGUUCCUCGAUAAAACCAUCAAGGACAGGGGAGUCAAGAUGAUCAAGGAAGGCGCUGUACAACCAAGUGAUAUCAUGGCCAUGGAGUUGGACGAGUAG